UUUUGUGCAGAGGGCGGGGGCGCGUCUGUGCAGUCUUGCAGCAGAGAUUCUGGGCAGACCUGGCGGUUUAAUGGUGUCAGGAGGUAGUUGAGAGGGAGCGCGCAGGAGAGCGCGUAAACGGCCAUCCAAAGUCAGUGAAAUCCGAGGGAAAACUUAACUCACCUGCUCAGAAGAAGCUCUCUUUCUCUCAUUUUUAGGGGGGAACGGCACGCGGCUCUCUGUUCUCCAGGAUGGAGCGUUUAUGGGCUUGCGCCUACUCUUCUGGGAUGUUUAUGCUGGGGGUGCUCUGUGUGCUCUGGCCGGCGCCAAAAGGAGUUCUGAGUUUUAAUCUUUACGCGGAGCAUCCUACGGUUUACAGAGGACCUGCUGGCAGUUAUUUCGGUUAUUCUGUGGAUUUCUAUCAAGCUACCAGCGACAGGAACACGAUCACUGUGCUGGUGGGGGCUCCAAAAGCCAACACAUCUCAGCCGGGCAUCGUGGAGGCUGGAGCUGUCUAUUACUGCCCCUGGCCCGGACAGCCUGAUAGCUGCAGUCAGAUUCCUUUUGACAAUUCCAACAACCGAAUGAUUAAGGUGAACGGCACCAGAGAACCUCUGGAGUUUAAGUCCCACCAGUGGUUUGGAGCUUCGGUCAGGACGCACAAAGGAAAAGUGGUGGCAUGCGCUCCACUCUACCACUGGCGGACAGUGAAGAGAGACGGGGAGAAAGACCCCGUGGGGACCUGCUAUGUGGCUGUCCAGAAUUUCAGCGCCUACGCAGAGUACUCGCCCUGCAGGACCAAUGAUCCAGACCCAGAAGGACAGGGAUUCUGCCAGGCUGGGUUCAGUGUGGAUUUCACCAAGGAGGGAAAGCUGGUUGUAGGAGGACCUGGAAGCUUUUACUGGCAAGGUCAGGUGAUUACAGCAGGAAUAGCCGAGAUACUGAAUGGCUACUCUCUAAAGGCUGUACUGAGACAGGUUCCAGGAGAGAAGCAAACCGGGGCUGCUGAGGACACAAACGACGACAGCUACCUUGGAUACUCUGUGGCAGUGGGAGAGUUUACAGGAGACUCUGAACAAGAGCUCAUAGCUGGUGUUCCAAGAGGAGCACAGAACUUUGGAUAUGUAGCAAUGAUCAACUCUACUAACCUGACUUUCAUCCAGAACUUCACAGGGGAACAGAUGGCCUCUUAUUAUGGUUACUCAGUGGCUGUCACUGACUUAAAUGGAGAUGGAAUGGAUGAUAUACUGGUUGGAGCACCCCUCUACAUGGAGAGGGAGAUGGAGAGCAAACCCAGAGAGGUGGGAAGAGUCUACCUGUAUCUGCAGCUGGCUCCACUCGCUUUUUCCAAACCAGUUGCUCUCACAGGGACCUACACUUUUGGGCGCUUUGGAACAGCUAUUGCACCCCUGGGGGACCUCAACCAGGAUGGAUACAAUGACGUGGCGGUGGGCUGUCCAUUUGGAGGCGAGGACCGAGGAGGGAGGGUAUUGAUCUUUAAUGGUCAAAGAGACAUAUCCACCCAAAGUCUGAGGCUGAGCCAAGAGCUGAGAGCUGCCUGGAACCCCGGUGACAGUUUGCCCGGUUAUGGAUUUACUCUCAGAGGGGGCCAGGACCUGGACAACAAUCAGUAUCCAGAUCUGAUUGUGGGGGCUUUUGGUGCAGGGGAGGUGUCAGUGUACAGGUCCCAGGCUGUAGUUUCAGUGGAAGCAUCCAUGAUUUUGACUCCCAGAAUCCUGAAUCCUGAGGAUCGACAGUGUCUUCUACCUCAGACCAGUCUAAUGGUUACCUGCCUGAAAGUUGAGGUGUGUGCAGCUGUGAGCGGCAUGGGGAUACCCAACACUGUUGUACUGAGGGCCGAGCUGCAGCUGGAUUGGUUAAAAGGCAGCAGAGGUGGAGUUAAAAGAGUUCUCUUCCUGGACUCCCAGCAGCCGCAGACCACGGGACUCCUAAGGCUUGGCAACAACCGCCCACAUGCAUGCCUGAGCUACAUGAUUUAUCUGCGAGAGGAGGACGAGUUCAGAGACAAACUGACCCCCAUCUCCCUGGCUCUGAACUACAGCCUGGCACCACCUUCUCAUGACCAAGCCCUCCCACCUGUACUCAACCAGUACAGUAGCACCUUCGUUCAAGAGCAUGCUUACAUCCUCCUGGACUGUGGCGAUGACAAUAUCUGUGUCCCCGACCUUCAGCUCUCUGCCAGCAUGGAUCGCGCCGAGCUGGUGAUUGGCGAUGACAACCUGGUCAUGUUGACCAUCAGCGCCUGGAACCGAGGAGAAGGAGCCUACGAGACCGAGCUGUACACCCUGAUACCGCCAGAGGCCGACUACAUUGGAGUUGAACGGAGGGUGGAGUCUCUUUCUCAGCUUAACUGCGAGUACAAGAUGAUCAAUGAGUCCAGGAUGGUGGUGUGCGACCUCGGGAACCCAAUGGUGACCGGGACAGAGCUGUCUGUUGGUUUGAGGUUUUCGGUCCAAAGGUUAGAAGAUGCUGGACCGAAAAUCAGCUUUGAACUGCAGAUCCACAGCUCCAACAAAGAUAACUCUGACAGCAACCUGGUCAGCUUGAAUCUGUCCAUUGUUGCCAGUCCUGGGCUCAAUUUAAGAGGGGUGUCACAUCCCUCUCAGGUGGUUCUGCCAUUCCCAAAUUGGGAACCUAAAGAGAAGCCUGUCAAAGAGGACGAUGUUGGACCACAAGUGACGCACAUCUACGAGCUCCACAACUUAGGUCCCAGCAGUAUUGGGGAGGCUGAGCUUCAAGUCGGCUGGCCUUCUCGUUUCCGUGAUGAGAACCUGCUGUAUGCCAUGGAGAUUCAAACUGACGGUCCAAUUAGCUGCCAGACAAACACCAGCCUUAACCCGCAUGGACUUCAGAUCUCAGCUCUCCAGGACACACCUGAGUUGCUGGGUUUCUUGAGAAAUGCGAGCACGCCUCCUCGCCGCCACAAACGGUCUGUCAGCAUCGCCGAGAGCUACAGCAGUAAGACCUUGAACUGCACCAACAUAUCCUGCCUGAGGAUCAUGUGUGUGGUUGGCCGGUUAGAUCGAGGACAGAGCGCCGUGGUUAAGAUCCGAUCCAGACUCUGGGCACACACUUUUCUGCAACGACGUAACGACCCCUACAUGCUCAACUCCACUGUGUCCUUCAUGGUUACAUCUGUGCCCUAUCGCAUCCAACCUGCAACUCUGCCUCAACACAGAAUCUCGCUGGGAACUCUGGUGUUAUGGGGGACCCCCGACGUGUCAUUUGCAGUUCCACUCUGGGUCAUCAUUCUGGCCAUACUGCUCGGGCUGCUGGUACUGGCCAUACUGACAUUAGCCAUGUGGAAGUGUGGUUUCUUUGAUCGGGCACGGCCACCGGCUGAUGAUGACGUUUCUGACCAGGAGAAGUUGACGUCUGAUCAAACAGGGGAUGCCUAAAGACACAAAUUGAAGCGUCUGAUUGGAAGUAUGUGCCUUGGGAAGGAUGUGCACUUCUGAAUAACUUAAAUCAGAUCUGGGAUCUGUGCUAUUUGGACCAACCUUUAUGGAAGGAGGACUUCUGCCGUUUUGUGGACAAAACUGACUGAAAGCCAAGACUGCUGCGCCACACAUCCUGGGACCAGAACAAUCAGGUUCACAGCGGACAGCGGGGGACUAGCACAAAAAACAAGCUAAAUCACACACACGUGUCCAUUGUUCAUAAAUAGCAACAAAGCACCAGAACUGAAGAAGUGGACUUUGUUGGAAAAGCAUUGCUUUAAAUGUUUGUUGUUUCCAUGUGUCUUUGUCAAGGCAACACAAAGAACCUUAAUAUCUAUGCACAAGUGCUUCUGUGAGUUUUGGAGUGUUUGAGGGUGUGUGCAAGCCUGCAGGAGAACAUGCUUUCACUGUAUGGGAUUAGUAGGUGUCACUGUGUUUCAGGUGUUUUGUCUUUCAUCCACAGCUUGAUUUAGUCUAUUCCUGUUCCCUUCAUCCCAGGCAGUGUACUGUAAACUUCUUACACACAUGCAGUUAGAUGCUUAAGCAAAGUGGCACAAAGUCAAAGUGUAUAUUUAUGGAUGUAUGUGCAAUAUUUGAGCGUCGUGUGAAACUGAAGCUUGUUGUUACACUGGCACUAUUUUAUUAGAGCUUCAUGUCUCUGUUGUUUUUGUAUAUACUGUAAGUGUUUGAAUGGUAUAUUAGAUAAUUGAUACUGCUGAAAAACAAAGCAUAUUAAGGUUGAUUUAUCCCACCAAAUAACUUUUGACAGAACCAAAGGGAUGAUACCAAUAACAAAUGAAUAACUUAUUAUAGCCUUAUUAUGAAUGUGGGAUUUUAUAUUUGAGUAAAUACACCUUAACUUCACAGUUAAAAGCCCCUGCUGCUUGUAUAAGUUUCACCUGUUAUUGCCUUUGAUAGGGAUGGGUAAUGAGACCUUAAAAAGCUGCCUGCACCGAACAGUGCAAGUUGACACCAAAACACCUAGUUCAAGAUUGGUUAGUCAGUGCUCAGUGUUCAUGUUAUCAUGAAUGCAUCGUGUUAUUUCGUGUUAUUUGAAUGCAUCACUCAUCUUGAAUGCAUCAUGAACAGGCAGGCGCAACAAAGGGGUGAAGGCAUCAGCGCUGCAUUCAAUGUAAAGCAAAACCUUAAAGUGUAAUAUUUGAGUUCUUAAUUUUGUCAAGUUUUGUCCGAAUAAAGGGUUGUUUGGUAAAUGAAAUUGUGCUUAUGAAGUCACUCAGCUUUAUGUGUUGGUUAUGAUCUCAUUUAAAAUGUCCUCGCACUGUCAAUUUGCAUAAUGUACAAAUCUUGCAUGAUGAUAAUGUUUAAAUACAAUAUUUAGCACUCUUGAUAAUGCACAUGUGAACUUUUAGCUUAUGUUAUGUAACAGAUGUCAUACACUGAU